UAAAAAAAUGAAUUUCAAUCCUAAUAACGUAAUAAUAGCAUUGAACUGUGCAUCUUUCGUCGUUUACCUCUUGUUCUCCAGCUGCUAUGGCGGUCCUUACUCUCACUGUAAAAUCCAAAACAAAUUGGCGGGAAAAGAAGCCAUCGAAGAAGUUCAGAGUCAGAGCAAGCUCCGAUCAGAGUUCCUGCAAGUCCUGCGUACUAGGCGACCUGCUCAAGUUCCACCAACUAUCGAACCUGCGAAGCCAGUGGAGAAUCCUUUGUAUCAGAUCUCUCCUCCAACGAGAGAAGAGAUCGAGAUAUUAGAAUCGACUCCAAAGGCAGAUAUAGAUAACCUUGACGAGUUGCUUGAGGAGGAGAACUUGUACUUGAAUAUAGAGAAAGGAGAGCAAGGACGGUUGCCGGUGUUGAUUUUGAAGUUGAAGAAAAGCAAUAAGCAGAGAAAAAGGCCUGCGGUUGUUUUUCUUCAUAGUUCGUACGGUAUCAAAGAAUCCCUGCGUCCAUUGCUAAAGGCGUAUGCUUCGCGAGGAUAUAUAGCAAUUUCUGUUGAUUCUCGUUACCAUGGAGAACGUGCCACCAACACAACUACCUAUAUUGAUGCACUUAUUUCUGCAUGGAAAACCGGUGAGACAAUGCCAUUCAUAUAUGACACGGUGUGGGACUUGAUUAAAUUGGCAGAUUAUCUAACACGGAGAAGAGAUAUAGACCCUUCUAGGAUAGGAAUCAAUGGAAUAUCACUUGGAGGAAUCCAUGCAUGGUUUGCUGCAUUUUCUGAUACUAGCUAUGCUGUGGCUGUUCCGGUGAUUGGUAUUCAGGGAUUUCGAUGGGCCAUAGACAACGAUGAGUUUCAGGGUCGAGUUGAGACUAUAAAGCCUCUUUUUGAGGUGGCUCGUGAUGAUUUGGGUAAAGCUGCUAUUGACAAAGACGAGGUGGAGAAGGUGUGGGACCGAAUUGCUCCUGGUUUAGCUUCCCAAUUUGAUUCACCCUAUUCAAUUCCAGCUAUUGCACCACGUCCGUUGCUUAUUCUUAAUGGUGCGGAAGAUCCUCAGUGUCUUCUUGGAGGCUUGGAAAUUCCAAGAACAAAGGCAAGCAAAGCAUACAGAAUGUUUAACUGUUCCGACAAUUUCAAGUUUAUUGCAGAACCUGGAAUUCGACACCAAAUAACGAGAUUUCAGAUGAAAGAAUCAGCUGAUUGGUUUGACAUGUUCUUCAACCCUUAGCCCGUGGUGCCCUCGUGUUCUUCAAGCCCUGUGUGGUUGUAAAAUUAUAAAGCACCUUGCUCAGGAUCAUUGCCUCAUUCCAGUUGUCUUUGUAUCUCUGUCAUGAUAUAUUGAAUAAUGUAAAAUGCUUUACGUGUUGAAACCCACUAGGGAUAUAUAUGAUGUAGUGGGGGUAUAUGAUGUAGUGGAGG